GUCCAUAAAUGUAGAUUUCAAUUCUAAAUUUGUUUUAAUUGGAUUGUUUGAAAAGAUGAGGCAUUGCAUUUUAAUAAUCGCUCUAACACUCUUCUUAAAAUGUAAUCUUAUACAAACUUUUAAUCCAUCAACGCUUAUUACGGGAAUAAAUCCGGAAGACGCUUUGUUGAAUUUCACUGGACUGGCUAGAAAAUAUGGUCACCCGGCUGAGAUAUACCACGUGGAAACUCAGGAUGGAUACAUCCUGGAGUUAUACCACCUUCCAGGAACAGGUCGGAAACCAAUACUGCUGAUGCACGGAUUCUUAGAUUCAUCAGACACUUGGAUAUUGAGAGGAAAGGAUUCUCUCGGCAUCAGCUUAGCAGAUAAUGGCUACGACGUGUGGCUUGGCAACACAAGGGGCAACAGGUAUUCGAGCAGCCACAUUUCGUUGGACCCACAAAAAAAUCCCGAAUAUUGGAUGUACAGCAUCCACGAGCUCGGCUAUUAUGAUCUACCCGCAAUUAUUGACGAAGUGCUGCUUCGAACGGGUGCACAAAGCUUGACAGCAAUCGGACAUUCUCAAGGGAAUACCAUAUUCUACAUCCUCGGUUCAACUCGCCCAGAAUACAAUGCCAAGAUCAAUCUGUUGAUAGCGCUUUCGCCUAUAUGCUUCAUGCACAAUACUUCACCACCUGUGUCUACAUACUUAAAGUUAGCACCAAAACUUGCCAAAAUUGCCAGAAGAAUGGGUAUCUAUGACCUUCUAAGGUACGACGGUCCCGAGAAUAAAUUUAUCAGAAAAAUUUGUUCACAGCCAAUAAUUGGUUACGCGGUAUGCUCCCGUUUGUUCAUCUUCCCAUUAAUUGGGUUCGAUCCCACUGAAUUGGAGUACGAGUUCUAUGAGGUGUUAAUCCACCACCUCCCCGCAGGCACCUCUUGGAUGAACUACGAGCACUUCGGACAAAUAGGUAUGAGCAAGAGAUUCGCACGUUACGACUAUGGAAUCAAGGGUAAUGUUAUCAAGUACAAUUCAACAAUCCCACCUUUAUAUGAACUGAGCAAUGUUACCAUGCCGAUUGCUUUAUUAGGUGGACGAAAUGAUCCAUUGUCGACAUUAGAAGACGUAGAUUUGCUCAAAGACCACCUGCCGAACUAUGUAGAAUACCUCGUCAACCCUCGCCUGCAGUUCAAUCAUGGUGACAGUGUAUGGGGUAAAAAUAUGAAGGAUUAUUUGUUUCGUUAUAUCUAUAGUACGUUAGAAUGGUAUGAUAUCUAUCCAUAAAAUAUGUAAAGUUUUGUAAUACCGUCGAAGUUCAUAGAAGAUCUUUAUUAAAAUAUUGGAUUACGUAUCAAUAUGGUUAUAUAUUGCAUUUCACAGCCGAGGCGAUAUUAGGAGUUAUUAGAUUUAACUGAGAUCAGAUUUUCAACUUGUAAAGUUACAUAUUUUAUUUUGAGCAUGUAAAAAAUUUUAAUUUGUUAUCACA